GAGGACAAUAUAAAACAGGCCCGAGCCCUCUCGUCUGUCUCCCAGUUCAUCUGAGCUGCUCCAGGGACGGAGGUGUCAUGCAGCCCCGGGUCCUUCUUCUUGCCGCCCUACUGGCGCUUCUGGCCUGUGCCCGGGCGCAGGAUGAUGACGACACAUCCCUGCUGGGCUACAUGCAGGGCUACGUCCACCACGCACUGACCAGCGUGCAGGACUCCCAAGUGGCUCAGCAGGCCAGGGGCUGGAUGUCUGGCGGCCUGAGCUCCCUGCAUGGCUACUGGAGCACGCUCAAGGGCAAGUUUACUGGGAUCUGGGACUCCACCCCAGAGGCCGAAGCCACGCGGCCCCCUGAGAUGGCCUGAGCCACCCUCCAGGGUCCCCCCACCCUGCCAUGCCCCGACCUGCUAUCCUCCCAAUAAAGCCAGAUGAGAAGCCGCCCUGUGGGGA